GCUUUCUCAUCUCGGGCUUUUGUUCUCCGUCGGGGCAGUAAAGUGAAGUUUGGGCAGCGUUAUUCCGCGGGACAUCCCGUAUCAGAAUCACAGGGAUAGCAUUAGAGCUGCUUUAUUUCCUUGAGGAAAAGCUCUCAGGAGGAUUUAAUCGCAGCGAGCUUUCCUUUUCCUCGCAAUGGAAACUCCAUCAUCAUCAUCAUCAUCAUCAUCAUCAUCAAUGAUCUUGAGAGGAACGCGAAGUUUUGCUGGAUGAAUGCUGACAGGAUUUUACAGCGAAUGAACCCCUUCUCCUCCCUAAAACGGGUUUUUAAGGAUAUCCCCGCGGAUCUACAACUCUCUUUAGGAACUCUUUAGCAGAACUUUACCUCAAGUGUGUUUGAAACGGCAAGCGCGCUCUGGAUACAUUUCCUUUGAUCGCUCUUUUUUUUUUGGAUACAAUGUUGCGAAUCUGAGGUGAAUGUAUCAGGCUCGGAGAAACCCUGACUGUGAUCAUGGCGCUCUCAGGUAGAUCUCUGGACACUUUGCACCUCAUUUUAUUCGUUUUAUGGACUUUAUCGCGCUACUCUUUAUCCAGUCAAGUUCGGCAGGAGUUUGAGGUUCUGGAGGAGCAGCCGGUGGGCACAUAUGUGGGCACCAUCGACACCAAACCCUCUUUCACAUACAGAUUCAGCGAACACCACAAACUUUUUUCCAUCAACGCCACGACGGGCGUCAUCUACACGUCCUCCGUGAUCGACAGAGAAGUUCUGUCUAGUAACAUCAUUAAUGUGGUGGUUCUCUCCAGCCAGCCCACUUACCCCACCGAGGUGCGCAUCGUGGUUUUGGAUAUUAACGACAACGCGCCGGUGUUUCCUGACGCGUCCAUCGUGGUGUCGUUCAAAGAAGACGCGAGCAGCGGGCGUCAGGUGAUUCUGGACACCGCGACGGACGCGGACAUCGGGAGUAACGGAGUGGAUCACACCACCUACCGAAUCGUCAGCGGGAACGAUCAGCGAAAGUUUCGCUUGGAUAUCACCGUCAACCCGAGCGGAGAGGGCGCGUUUCUGCACCUGGUCUCCACAGGGGGGCUGGACAGAGAAUUAACCCCCUUCUAUCAGCUCCUCAUCCAAGUGGAAGACAAAGGAGAGCCCAAAAAGUUUGGGUUUCUGCAGGUAAACGUCACCAUUCAGGAUAUAAACGACAACCCGCCUGCUUUUGACCAGGAUCAGUACCAGACCAGUGUGUUCGAGGACACUGCAAUUGGCUCUAGUGUUCUGCAGAUAACAGCCACAGAUCUGGACGAGGGUGCAAAUGCUGAUAUAACAUAUAUUUUAGAUGAGGGAACUCCUUUUCAGAUUGACCCUAAAGCUGGGACUGUUAUUAUAAAGGAGGGGUUGGAUUAUGAGACAAAGAAAGAGUAUUCCCUCACUAUCCAUGCAGUAGACAACGGCGUCCCCUCUCUCUCAGGCAGGUCAGAAGCGACUAUAAAACUGCUCGAUGUGAAUGACAACGACCCCGUUGUUAAAUUUCGAUACUUCCCUACCACGUCCAAAUUCGCUUCGGUGGAUGAGAAUGCACAGGUGGGCACCGUAGUGGCUCUUUUGACCGUUUCCGAUUCAGAUUCAUCCACGGCUAAUGGUAAUAUUUCCGUUUCUAUACUUGGCGGAAACGAACAGAGACACUUUGAAAUAGUGCUGAAUAUCAGUGCCAAAGACCAAGGCCUGCAGCCGAAAAUCUCCUACACCAAAUUGAUAGUGAAUAUCACUGAUGUUAACGACCAGGUCCCCACUUUCACUCAAAGCACGUAUCACAUUUCCUUAGUCGAGCAUUCGCCGGCCGGCUCCGAGCUUGUGGUGCUCUCUGCGACAGAUUCGGAUCUCGGUGCCAAUGGCACGGUCCGAUUCUCAUUUGACCCUGAAACCCCCGUGAGUGUCCAGAAUAAGUUCAGGUUGGAUGCAAUAUCGGGCCGGUUGAGGACAGCCACAGAGUUAGACAGAGAAGAAGAGGGCUUCUAUCUGCUGCACAUCAAAGCCACAGAUGCAGGCACGCCCCCCCUUUACUCCAUCUGCAAAGUCAAUAUCACACUGAAAGAUGUUAAUGAUAACAGCCCAGUGUUUUACCCCGUGCAGUAUUUUGCCAAUAUCAAAGAAAACGAGCCCUCGGGCUCAUUUGUGACUAGUGUAACAGCUUCCGACCCUGACCUUAGCCGCAACGGCACUGUAAAAUAUGCCAUCACUGCUGGUGACUCUUACAAGUUUCACAUCAAUAGCAACUCUGGUAAAAUCACGACUUUAGUGCCACUCGACAGAGAGGAGAAAACCUCUUAUCAGCUGCAGGUCACUGCGACAGACGGAGGCGGAUUGCGCUCGCACACACAGGCUAUAGUCACUGUCACUGUUGUAGACACGCAAGAUAACCCGCCCGUGUUCAGUCAGAAAGACUACAGCUUUGUUAUGUUUGAGAACGUGGCCGUUGACACCAUUAUUGGCACCGUGUUGGCCACCACAGUAGAUCUAAACACAAAUAUUACUUAUUUGAUCACAUCGGGGGACCAGCGUGGUCUGUUUGCUAUCAAAGGCAGCACAGGGCAGAUCACAGCUUCGGGGCUGAUAGACAGAGAAGAGCAGGCGUUUUACCAGCUCAGGGUGAUUGCUAGGGGUGGGGAAGUUACGGGGGAAGCUUUAGUUAAUAUCACAGUGAAGGAUUUGAAUGAUAACGCACCUCAUUUCAUUCACAAUGUCGAGCAUGUCAGUGCUGUGGAAAACUGGGCCACCGGUCACCAUAUAUUCCAGGCUAAAGCUUCGGAUCCUGAUGAGGGGACCAAUGGCAUGGUCGUGUACAACCUCAAACAGAACCCCAAAGGCUUGUUUCACAUCCACGAAAGACACGGAUUGAUCACCCUCACUGGCCCCCUAGAAGUCACCACCAGCUCCUACCAGGUGGAGGUCAUGGCCUCUGACCUAGGUGUCCCUCAGCGCACCUCCAGCCUCAUUCUCACCAUCAGCGUGUACGACGUCAACGACAACACGCCAGUUUUUGACCAGCUCUCCUAUGAAGUCACCAUUCUGGAAUCCGAGCCAGUAAAUAGUCGCUUUUUUAAGGUGGAGGCCAGCGAUAAAGACUCAGGACUCAAUGGGGAAAUUGUGUAUGACAUCAUUAGCGGUAACACAAAUGACGCUUUUGGGAUUUUCCCUGAUGGGCAGUUGUAUAUUAAGGCAGAAUUGGACAGAGAAGUACAAGAUCGGUACAGUUUAUUAGUGGUGGCCAAAGACAGAGCCGUCGAAUCACUGAGCGCCAGCAUUAAUGUGACGAUUCUUCUCGACGAUGUCAAUGACAACCGUCCACUUUUCAACAGCACAAAUUAUGUGUUCCACUUCGAGGAAGAGCAGGAGCGAGGCUCUUUUGUCGGGCUGGUUUUUGCUGAGGAUAAAGACUUUGGGCCGAACAGCGAGGUACGUUACUCCUUUGAAACGCCACAGCCAAAUUUCGAGCUGAACGCCAUCACGGGUGUGUUGACCAGCACGCUACAGCUCGACCGUGAAUCUCUCAUGAGACAGAGAGGUGCCUCGGUGUUCAGUUUCACAGUCGUAUCCUCUGAUCAGGGCCUUCCCAAGCCUCUCAAAGACCUGGCCAAAGUUCAAGUGUACAUACAGGACAUCAACGACAACACACCGAAAUUCACCAAAGACAUUUACCAGGCCUCUAUCUCAGAAUCCGCCCAGAACAUGACACAGCUGCUCCGAGUCUCUGCCUCAGACGUAGAUGAAAAUAAAAACGGCCUUAUUCGCUACGACAUCGUGGAGGGAAAUGAGGAUAAACAGUUCAGCAUUGACAGCACUUCUGGUCAAGUUACUCUAGUGGGAAAACUAGACUACGAGACAACACCCUUUUACUCCCUCAAAAUUAUAACGGAGGACUCUGGGAUUGUGCCUCUGUCAUCCACAUGUGUGUUGAGCAUCAGUGUCCUAGAUGAUAACGAUAACUCUCCGUCAUUUCCCAAAUCAACUCUCACAGUGGAUGUGCUGGAGAACAUGCGGAUUGGAGAGCUGGUCGCCUCCGUAACCGCUACAGACUCUGACUCUGGUUCCAACGCUGACAUCACGUACAGCAUCUCCGCCACAAACAACCACGGCACUUUCAGCAUCAGUCCCAACACUGGCAGCAUUUUCCUGGUCAAAAAACUGGAUUAUGAAACGCAGUCCUUGUACAAACUCAACGUCACAGCCAAAGACAGCGGAAGGCCAUCCAGGUCUUCCUCCAUUCCGGUCAUCAUUCACGUGAGAGAUUUUAAUGACAACCCUCCUGUUUUUACACCAGGUGACAUUUUUAAGUCCAUCCCUGAAAACCUCCCACUCUCCACCUCCGUCAUGACUAUAACAGCUCACGACACGGAUGCUGAUAUCAACGGCCAGCUGGUGUACUCCAUCGUGAUGCAGACUCCUAGAGGUGGUCAUUUCCGUAUCGACACCGCAUAUGGGGUGAUAUUCACGAACAAGGAGAUCGACAGAGAGUUCUCCAAUCUUUUUGAGCUGACCAUCAAAGCAACCGACCAGGCCGUGCCGGUCGAGUUCCGCCGUUUUGCUCUGAAAAACGUUACCAUAUGGGUGACGGACCAAAAUGACAACAUGCCAUUAUUUAUCUCCCAGAACGCCCUAGUGGCUGAAUCUAACAUAGUGAUCGGUUCUAUUCUGACUACAGUAGUGGCUUUUGACCCCGACGAGGGUGCCAACGGGGAGGUGGAGUAUGAACUCGUGAGGGGAGAUUCGAAUACGUUUAUCAUGGAUCGCUACAGUGGAGAUAUCAGACUCGCCUCUCAGCUCGUUCCCUCAAAACUCAUCUACAGUCUGACCGUGUCCGCUACGGAUCACGGCACGGACCGCAAGACCUCAAGGACGGAGUUGACCAUCAUCCUUCAGGGUUCGGAUGGCCCGGUCUUCUCCCAACCCAAAUACAUCACCAUUCUAAAGGAGGGCCAACCGCCUGGAACCAACGUCAUCUCUCUGGAUGCCUCCAUUCCACGUGGCACCGGCACCAAGGUGGAGUUUUUUAUUGUUUCAGUCCGGAGUGGUGGGAAGGCCGCAGGCCGGCUUUUCACCAUUGGCCGCUACUCUGGGGUGAUCCAGACAGCUGCAGAACUGGACAGGGAGCAAGGAUCGGACCUCUACUUGAUAGACGUGUACGCCACUGAAGCCGACUCCAGCCAGCCCAGAACGCAACAUGCAGAGGUUGAAAUCACUCUACAGGACGUGAAUGAUAACCCGCCGGUCUUUCCCACCGACACGCUAGAUAUCACCAUCCAGGAGAACAUCAGCGACAGCUUCAGGAUCCUGCAGCUCACGGCCACAGACGCAGAUGAGGGAGCGAACGCUCUGGUGACGUACUCCAUCAUCAGCGGUGCAGACGACAGCUUCCGCAUCGAUCCCGAGUCUGGCGAGCUGACGAACACCCGGCGUCUAGACCGCGAGCGCAGAUCCGAGUAUUCGCUGCUGGUGCGAGCUGAUGACGGGCUGCAGUCCUCCGAUGUACGGAUCAACAUCACCGUCAGCGACGUCAACGAUCACACACCACACUUCUCACGCGCGGUCUACUCCUUCGACAUCCCCGAAGACACCAGCGCAGGUUCGAUUGUGGCGGCGAUUCUGGCCAGUGACGCGGACUCGGGAUCAAACGGUGAGAUCACGUACUCCAUCGAGGAGGAUGAGGAGGACUCCACCUUCCUCCUGAACCCCGUCACCGGCGUCUUCAGCGUCACCCGUCCGCUGGACUUCGAGUCUCAGCAGCACUUCAUCCUGACGGCGCAGGCCCGGGACGGAGGAGGUCUGUCCAGCUCCGUACGAGUCUACUUCAACCUGCUGGAUAUGAACGAUAACCCGCCGCGCUUCAGCAGCUCCGUCUACAGCGGCUCGGUCCUGGAGAGCGUGAGUCCCGGAGCGACCGUCCUGAGCGUGAGCGCCACAGACACCGACGACGGGCCGAAUGCGGAGCUGCAUUACACCAUCGCUUCAGGAGACCCGCACUCGCAGUUCUCCAUCACAAACACCGGCGUCUUACAGACCAGGAACGCUCUGGACCGAGAGACGCAGUCAUUUUAUAACCUGGUCAUCACCGUGAACGACCUGGCCUUGCCUCCCUUGAGCCGCUUCACCAGCACCACACAGGUGUCUAUCAUCCUCCUGGACGUCAACGACUGCCCGCCUUCAUUCACGUCGCAAACGACGGCGUAUAUUCAAGAGAACACGCCGGUGGAUACGCUAGUGUUCAGAGCGCAGGCGAGCGACGCCGACAGCGGCCCCAACAGCUAUGUGGAGUAUUCCCUCAAAGCGCCGUUUGGGAAUAAAUUCAGCAUCGGGAACAUCGACGGCGGCGUGAUUCUGGUGGGCGAACUGGACCGCGAGGAGAUGGCCAAUUACUCUCUGACCAUCGUGGCCACGGAUAAAGGUGAGCCGCCGCUUUCCUCCAGCAUGGAGGUCACUAUGAUCGUGCUGGACGUGAACGACAACACACCUAGCUUCUCGCAGAACAUCUACGACAUCGAGAUCGAGGAGAACACGCUCAGCGGCGCAGAUGUCGUGCAGGUGUUCGCCAGCGACGCCGACGAGGGAACCAAUGGCCAGAUACGCUUCUCCAUCGCCGGCGGGAACGCCAACUCGGACUUCCGGAUCGACUCGGUGACGGGCGUGAUUUCUGGAAACUUGAGCUUAAGUCAGUUUGUGCGGAUCUUAAAGGAGGUUUGUGUUGUGUGGCAGGUGCUGGCCCGUGAUGAAGAUCUGGGCUCUAACGGUCAGAUCAGCUACUCUCUGAGCAGCGGGAACGAGGCGGGAGCGUUCAGCCUCACAUCCGGAGGUCAGCUGAACCUGAUCCGAACGCUGGACCGGGAAACUCAGGACAAGUACACGCUCAUCAUCACGGCGCAGGACGCAGGAACGCCAUCUUUAAGCAGUUCUGGUACUGUGAUGGUGCUGGUUGGUGAUGUGAAUGAUAAUAUUCCAUCAUUCAGCUCAAUGUCUUUCCACACGACCAUUCCUGAAGAUGCGCCCACUGGAACAGAUGUCCUGUUGCUCAACAGCUCCGAUUCAGACAUGGGACUCAAUGGAGUGAUCAGUUACAGUCUCAGUGGUGGGGACGGUCAGUUCUCUAUCAACCCAUCCACAGGCCUGAUCAUCACCAGCUCCUUGCUGGAUCGAGAGGCACGGGCGAGUUACCAGCUGCUGGUGGUGGCAACGGACGGUGGACAGCCCACUCCACUCUCCAGCUCUGCCACAGUGUCUGUGGUUGUGGCCGACGUCAAUGAUAACCCUCCACGGUUUCACCAUCAUCCAUAUGUUACGCACAUACCUGCUUCUACUUCCACAGGCUCACUGGUCUUUGCGGUCACAGUAACAGAUGAAGACUCCGGCUCAAAUGCUCAACUUCACUAUUCGCUCACUGGACGCAAUUCAGAAAAGUUCAAGAUAGACCCUAUCAGAGGUGCCAUUACUGCCAAUGAAAAACUCACAGGGAGUUCAGAGGUCACCUUCACGGUCCACGUAAAAGAUGGAGGCACCAACCCCAAAACAGACAGCACAACUGUUACGGUUCGCUUUGUUACUGGAGGAGGCUUUCCCCAUAUUAGAAUCAAGGAAAAAGCCUUCACCUUCCCAGAAAACCAACCUACAAACACUGUUGUGACUAAGGUGACCGGAUCUUCACCCAGGGCAGGUCCUUUAUCGUACUACAUUGCAAGCGGAAACCUGGACAAUGCAUUCCACAUAGAUCAACUUUCAGGAGAGCUGUCUAUCAAAAAGCCUCUGGACUAUGAGAAUAUUGAGAAGUACGUCUUGUGGAUAGAGGCCCGAGACCAAGGCUUUCCUCCUUAUUCAGCCUAUGAAAAAGUAGAGAUCGCAGUUCUGGACGUUAACGACAACCAUCCUACUUUUGAGCAAGAACCGUUCCACGCUGAGAUUUUAGAAAACCUCUCACCUCAACGUGUGCUGAUAGUAUCUGCGUUCGACCAGGACAGUGGACCAAAUGGGCAACUGGAAUAUGCCAUCAUUGAAGGCAACCAAGAAAACAGCUUCAGCAUCAACCGAGCAACUGGUGAAAUCCGCACAACACGACCACUGGAUCGAGAGAAGGCCGCUCAGUAUUCUUUGAGAGUGAAGGCAACGGAUAGAGGCAGUCCUCCUAAAAGCACGGCAGUCAAAGUCUUGAUCAGUGUGCUGGAUGUCAAUGAUAAUGCUCCCAGAUUCUCCAAAAUCUUUAGUGCCACUGUACCUGAAAAUGCACCAGUGGGCUUCACUGUUACCCGAGUAACCACCACCGAUGAAGAUGCAGGAGCUAACGCUAUAAGCCGAUACUCCAUCAGUGAUGCAAGUCUUCCCUUCAUUAUCCACCCCAGCACAGGAGAUAUCACCAUCAGUAGGCCUCUGAACAGAGAGGACACAAACCACUAUAUUACCAAAGUCUCAGCACACGAUUCAGGAUGGACUGUUAGCACAGAUGUCACAAUAUUUGUGACAGAUGUGAAUGAUAAUGCUCCAAAAUUUAGCAAGCCAUCAUAUUACCUGGACUAUCCUGAGCUGACAGAGGUCGGAUCCAUUGUGACUCAAGUCUCUGCCACAGAUCCUGACGAGGGUUUCAAUGGUAAAAUAUUUUACUUUAUCAGAUCGCAAACAGAGCACUUCCGAAUCAACUCCAGUUCUGGUGAGAUCUUCAUUAAACAGCAGCUCAGGUAUCAAAACUCCAGUGGCCACAAUAACAUCAAUGUAAACCGUCAUAGUUUCAUCGUCACCGCUUCAGACCGAGGCAUCAAGCCGCUCAUGAGCGAAACCACAGUUAUCAUAAAUGUAGUUGACAGCAAUGAUAACCCACCCACAUUUGAAUUUUCUUUUUACUUUACUCCUGUCACUAAAAGUGUAAAGGUCGGCACCAGACUCCUCAAAGUCACAGCCCAUGAUCACAAGGACUUUGGCCUGAACUCUGAAAUAGAGUAUGCAGUAUCUGGAGGAAACAGUUCCAGCAAGUUCCGCUUGGAUAAACAAACUGGAUCGGUCACAGUAGCAUCCUCGCUCACCGCAGACACAAAUAAAGUUUACCUGCUUGAAAUAACAGCAAGUGACAAAGGGAACCCUCCUCUGUCCGCUAAGACAACAGUCAAAAUAGCUGUUACAGAAGAGAACCAUCAUACUCCAGAGUUUUCACAGAACCAAGUAACAGUUACUGUGUCUGAAGGCCUGACUGUCGGCACAGCCAUUCGCACACUUUCAGCACGAGAUAAGGACAAGGACAAACAAAUGAAUGGCCUAGUUACGUACAACAUCUCCUCAGGUAAUGACGAUGGCUUGUUUUCAAUUAACAGUCAAACGGGCGUUUUAUCCCUGGCAAAGCCACUGGAUUACGAAACAAAACAGAAGCAUGAACUCAGAGUUUCUGCAACAGAUGGUGGGUGGAUUGCCAAAACAAGCUAUGUUACAGUUAAUGUCCUAGUUACUGAUGUAAAUGAUAACCCUCCUGUGUUCGACCCUGUGGAGUACUUCCCAGUCGUGCAGGAAAAUGUCCCCAGUGGCACUACUGUGGUAAAAAUGAAUGCAACUGAUAAAGACUCUGGGCCAAAUGCCCUGAUGGCAUAUGUCAUUCAGUCAUCAGACAGUGACUUGUUCAUAAUUGAUCCCAACACAGGAAUCAUCACCACACAAGGUUUCCUAGACUAUGAAGCUAAACAGGUGUAUCACCUUACCAUCAAAGCCUUUAAUGUUCCAGAUGAAGAACGAUGCAGCUUCGCAUAUGUUAACAUUCAGCUGAGAGGUGCUAAUGAAUACGUCCCUCGUUUUGUGUCAAAGCAGUACUACUUUGAGGUGUCAGAGGCAGCAUCUAAAGGCACAGUCGUUGGGGAGGUGUUUGCUAGUGACAGAGACUUGGGAGAAGAUGGCAUAGUGUAUUACUUGAUUUUUGGCAGAAGCAGAAAAAGGGGUUUUAGCAUUAAUAAAAAGACAGGCCAGAUCUACGUCGCAGGACCGCUUGAUCGUGAAAAAGAAGAAAAGAUUUCUCUCAAAGUCCUAGCUAAGAAUGAAGGAAGCAUAAGAGGAGCAGAUAUUGAUGAGGUGCUUGUGAACAUUACGAUUCUUGAUGCCAAUGAUCCUCCUGUAUUCACCCAGGAGCUCUAUGAUGUUCAGGUGAAUGAGGGACUAUCCCCUGGAGGCCUGGUUACAUUCGUCAGUGCUGAGGAUUCGGAUUCUGUCCCUAGCUGGAGCAGAUUCACCUAUGCCAUCACUGCCAACUAUGAAAAAAGUACCUUCACCAUCAACCCUCAGACAGGACAGGUGUCUGUGGCAUCAGAACUGGACCGGGAAACUGUCCCUGUUUACAACCUCACCAUCCUGGCAGUAGACUCAGGUUCUCCAGCUGCCACCGGCAGUGCCAUUUUAAUUGUGACCCUGGAGGAUAUUAACGAUAAUGGACCAACUUUGGAGACUACAAGUGGGGAAGUGAUGGAGAACCAGAGGGCAGGAACACCAGUGAUCACGCUCAGCUCAAGUGAUCCAGAUCUUGCACCAAAUCAAGGCCCAUUCUCCUAUAGCCUUGUCAGCACUGGAGCAGCAUCCAGCUACUUCACCCUCAGUUCAACUGGAGAGCUGACCACCAGCCGGGAGAUAGACCGAGAGCAGAUAAGUGAUUUCUACCUCUCUGUGAUUAUCAAAGACUCUGGUAUUCCUCAGAUGUCCUCAACAGGAACUGUCCACAUCAAAAUCAAUGAUCAGAAUGAUAAUCCCUCAGAGUCUCGCUCCGUAGAGGUCUACGUGCAUUAUUUUGGAAAUAUGUUCCCUGGAGGAUCACUGGGGGUGGUAAAGCCACAGGAUCCAGAUAUACAAGACACGUUCCACUGUUCUCUGACUCCAUCAACGGCUGUCCUCUUCAACAUUCCCACAGGAACCUGUGACCUCCGCUCAAACAGUCGCUCCACAGAUGGCACCUUUGAUAUAUCUGUGCGUAGCAGCGAUGGCAUCCAUGAGGCUGUCAACAGCCAUGUGCGUGUUUUCUUUAUUGGAUUCAAUAAUGCCACAGUGGACAACAGCAUCCUGAUACACGUCAUCUCCCAAAGCGCCAGUGAUUUCCUUACUAAUCACUACCUCAGUUUCCUGCGCAUCGCCAAUUCACAGCUAGCUGGUUUGGGCACUGGAGUCCAGAUCUAUGGGGUGUUUGAACUAAACAACAGCACUUUCCUUAUGGCAGCUGUCAAACGUGGUCAUGGGCAGUACGUCAAUCCAAGUGGAGUCGCCACUUUCUUCCAGAGCAUCAAGGAGAUUCUGCACAGACAAAGUGGAGUUAAGAUUGACUCUGUGGACUAUGAUCCCUGCUCCCACAAUCCGUGUCAAAAUGGGGGGAGCUGCAAGAGGCGGCUGGGUGUUGGCUCAGACAUGAAGACGGAGGAGAGUGUCCCGGUCAUCCUCGUCUCAAAUCGCCCCCUACAGCCAUACGCUUGUAACUGCAGGCCAGGUUAUGCCGGUGCCCUCUGCGAGACUGACAUCGAUGAGUGCCAGCCAACACCUUGCCACAAUGGAGGAACUUGCCACAACUUGGUCGGCGGAUUCUCUUGUUCCUGUCCAGAAGGUUUCACUGGGAUGGCUUGUGAGAGGGACAUCAACGAGUGCCUUUCGAACCCCUGCCAGAAUGGGGCACUAUGCCAGAAUUAUCCCGGUGGCUUUAACUGCCUGUGCAAAUCUGGAUUUGCAGGGAAAGCCUGUGACUCCAUCAUCAAUUACUGUGAGUGUAACCCCUGUUUUAAUGGGGGUUCCUGCCAGAACCGGGUGGAAGGCUAUUACUGUCAUUGUCCUUUUGGUGUGUUUGGAAAGCACUGUGAACUGAACAGCUACGGAUUUGAGGAGCUGUCUUACAUGGAGUUCCCCAGCCUCGACCCCAACAACAACUACAUCUACAUCAAGUUUGCCACACUGAAGGAAAACGCUUUGCUCAUGUACAAUCACGACAACCAGACCGGCGACAAGGCAGAGUUCCUGGCCCUCGAGAUCUUAGAAGGCAGAAUGAGGUUCUCGUUUAACUUGGGGAGUGGCACUUACAAGCUCAUGACGACCAUCAGGGUCUCAGAUGGCCAGUUCCACACGGUCAUCGGCAGGAGGGCAGGAAUGGCUGCGUCGCUCACUGUUGACCUGUGUGGGGAGGAACAGGAACCGGGAUACUGUGCCGUCAGCAAUGUGGCUGUUCAUACCGACUGGGUUCUGGAUGUCCAGCCGAACCGUCUGUCUGUUGGGGGCGUUCGGUCGAUUGAAGCCCUCCUGCAUCGUCGAGGUCAGGUGGCCACGCAUGACUUUGUCGGGUGCAUCAUGGAGUUUGCUGUCAAUGGACGUCCGCUGGAACCGUCUCAAGCUCUGGCUUCACACGGCAUUCUGGACAGAUGCCCCAGGUUAGAGGGUGCGUGUGUCGCCGAGCCCUGCAGACAUGGUGGGACAUGUCUGGACAUGUGGUCGUGGCAGCAGUGCCAGUGUAUUGAGGGUUUCACUGGACCCACCUGUGAGAAAUACAUCACCGCAGAUACAGCUGUAUCUCUGGACGGUUCGGGUCGUUUGGACUACGGUUUGAGUCAGAGCCGCAAGAGAGAUGUGUUGUUGGCACGAGCGCUGCAGGACCCCGGCAGACCCAUCCCGGAAUACAGCAGCCUGGAGCUGAAGUUCCGCACGCGCAGUGGCUCUGGAACGCUGCUGCACGCACAGGAGAGCUCCAACUACACCACCAUCAGGUUGAAGAACGGUUUGCUGCAGUACGUGUCUGACGCUGGUGUCGCCGGUAAGGUGGAGAGGAUUGUGGGAGAUGUUGUUUUGUCUGACGGUCAGUGGCACACACUCCUGCUUCAGAGAAACGGAUCAUCCACCAUUCUGCGGAUCGACGAGUCCAGCUCGAGAGUCAUUCUGCACAAUACGCAGGACUUCGGAGGGAUUGACGUGCACACGCUGUCUCUCGGGGGCGUCCCGACCCGAUCAGCUCAACAGAAAACCAGCCCAGGUUUUGAUGGGUGUUACGCCUAUGUGAAAUAUAAUGGAGAGAUGCUCCCUUUCAGCGGUGAACACAGGACCGUCUCCAUUUCCAAGACUGAUCCCUCUGUGAAGAUCGGCUGUCGUGGCCCAAAUCUAUGUGAGAGCAGCCCUUGCUGGGACGGGCUGAUGUGUGUGAACCAGUGGUACACCUACCAAUGUCUCCCACCAGGUGACUGCGCCUCUAACCCCUGCCAGCACGGUGGCAGCUGCGUGCCCGGCGCUCGUGGAGGCUUCACCUGUGCUUGUGAGGAGUUCUACACGGGCAGAGUCUGCGAGAGCCGGGUGGCCUGUUUGGGAGUCCGGUGUCCACAGGGUAUGGAGUGUAAGGUGGGAGCCAAUGGUGGGUUCACCUGUAGUCCGAGCGCCACCACCGAGGAGAUGGUUCUGCCCAUCUGGGCAGUUCCUGCAAUUGUGGGCAGCUGCGCUACUGUCUUGGCAUUGGUGGUUUUGAGUCUCAUACUAUGCAACCACUGCAAGGGUCGCAAGAAAACCAAAGUGCCAAAGGAUGAGAAGAAAACAAAGGAGAAGAAGAAGAAAAAGAAAGGCAGCGAGAAUGUGGCAUUCCAUGAUCCGGACAACAUUCCGCCUUACGAAGAUGACAUGACAGUCCGGAAACAGCCAGAGGGAAACCCCAAACCUGACAUUAUAGAGCGGGAGAAUCCCUACCUGAUCUAUGACGAAACUGACAUUGCACACAACAAUGAAACCAUUCCCAGCGCCCCCUGUGCUCCAUGUGCAGGACCAGAAGCAGACAUGGAACACUACGACAUUGACAAUGCCAGCAGCAUUGCUCCAUCAGAUGCUGACAUCAUCCAGCACUACAAACACUUCCGUAGCCACACUCCCAAGUUUUCCAUUCAGCGCCACAGUCCGUUGGGAUUUGCCCGCCAGUCCCCUCUUCCACUAGGUGCCACCAGCUACACCUACCAGCCGACCUACACCCAGGGGCUCCGCUCCACACCCCUCAGCCAUUCAGCUUGCCCCACACCCAAUCCCCUGUCACGCCACAGCCCAGCACCCUUCACCAAGCCAUCCUCCUUCUACCGCAACACUCCCACCCGUGAACUCAACUUGGCACGCCGUGAGGGCAGCCCUCUCGAUUUCCACAGCGAUGUGUGCCAGCCUGGUAUGUUCAACUACGCCACCCGAUUGGGUAGGCGCAGCAAGAGCCCUCAGACCAUGGCGGGCCAUGGCUCUCGGCCUGGGAGUCGUCUCAAGCAGCCAAUCGAGCAGAUUCCAUUGGAGAGCGGCCCACCUGUGGGGUUGUCCAUAGAGGAGGUGGAACGCCUCAACACACCUCGACCCAGGAAUCCCAGCAUCUGCAGCGCCGAUCACGGGCGCUCGUCAUCUGAGGAAGACUGCCGUCGACCACUCUCACGUGUCCGGAACCCUGCGGAUGGCAUCCCUGCUCCGGAAUCCUCCUCCGAGAGCGACUCCCAUGACUCCUUCACCUGCUCGGAGAUGGAGUACGACCGCGAGAAACCAGUUCUGAGUGUUGCAUUUACCAGCAGCAGCAGACCGCUGAUGCUGGAUACCAUAUUAUGA